AUGUAACAGAAUAGCAAUUAUGAAUAGCUUAUAAAAAAGAAAAUCAACCUCAUAAAUGAUUUCGAAAGUGGCAAGAAAUAAUACCUGAAAGAGAUAACCGAAAGACCAGAUACUCCGUAAUUCUCAGAUAGAAAGAGAAAUGAGAAUAAUCACUCUUUCAUUCUUAUCAAAGAAUAAAUAGAAUACGACAUCAUUGUGGAUAAAGAGACUUUCUCUUCCUUUGUAGAUGUCAAACCCUAUUCGGAAUAAGAUCUCACUCAGAUGAUGAAUUAACUAUACAUAUUUGUGGAUUCCAAGUUUUGGAAUUUCUGUUUGAUGUUGGCAUAUACUGAAGAAACUUGGUUCCAAUAGUAAGUAAUUCCCUACGAUCGCAUGGCCAAGAUCUUAGGUUAAAUCUUUUCAUGUGUUGAGAAAUUCGAUGAUCAAGUAGCUUAGGACUUAGAAAAGGUGAUCAACUAUAGAUCAUUGGCACAUUUGGAUCGAUUACUAUUUGAAAAUAGGUUGCCUUAAUUCGAGAAGGUUAUCAAAAUGCUUCGGUCGUAAAUUCUCAACAAUCCCCAUCCUGCAUUCAUCUUGAGAGAGUCCAAAAUCAAAGAGAAACCCUUUGAUAGUUUCUCCAAACUUUAGGCUUACAAAUCAUACACUCCUACCAAAAGUUCUGUGUCUUCCAAAGGCAUUUAAAGGAGUGAAAUGCUUUACAAUCACUCCAAACAACUACAAGAGAAGGCUCGUCAUGGUUAACUUCUCAAAUUGAAAUAGGAGAACGACGAGAUGUUAUCCUUCUAAAAGAAUGUCAAGAAAGCAGGAGGAGAUCAAGUGUUCCAAAGAUUAUUCAAUGAUUCCAAAGCCUUGCAAACCAAACAAUAAUAAUAGGUUGUCAAUAGAGAUGUUUUGGAUAAGGAAUGCACCUUUAAGCCUGAAAUAAAGGGCACGCUAAUGAAAAGUGAUUAGAAGAUGGAUCAGAUUCCUGGGUUUGAAAAUACAAUCAAAAGAAUGUAGAAAGCGUAAAAUGAGAAAGAAUACAAAGAGAAGUAUUUUGAAAUUAAGUAAUCUCAACUGGAGAAGGUUAAUAAUAACAAGGAAAUCAAAGAAUUCAAGUUGUCUGAGAGAGAGGAAAAUGACGAACCAAUAUUAUUUUUAGAUGUUCGCAUAUCAAAAAAUAAGAUAGGAAGACUGGGAGUUAGGAAAAAUGAUGAUUUAUAAUAAGUAGUGAAGAAUUUUGCUAGAACGUUUGCAUUGCAGAAGACCUAGAUUGAUUCAUUGUAGAAGCAUAUUAAAAGUGCUUUGGAAACUCUGAACAAACAUUAGGAGUGA